CAAGUAUAUUCGCUUUUUCUUGAAGUGCGGAAAGCAUGUAAAUGUAUGUGAGAAAAUCGCAUUUUUUUUUCUUAUGAUUAAGCGCUAAGUCACUGAAGCUUUAAUUUUAUUCAAUAAACGUGAAACAAUGGCAAGUAGCGAGGAACCUACGGGGCCCAUGUCCAAGGAGGAUAUCGAGGCGGCGGAUAGAUGGAAAAACGAAGCAAAUGAAUACUUUAAAAAGCAGAAUUACAAUACCGCAAUUGAAUUGUACUCAAAGGCGAUAGACAAAAACCCUAAUAAUGCCGUGUACUAUGCGAAUAGAAGCAUAUCUAACUUGCGGUUGGAGAAUUUCGGGUAUGCCCUCACGGAUGCGUCGCGGGCGAUUGAGUUGGAUAGGUCCUACACGAAGGCCUACUACAGGAGGGCCGCGGCACAUAUGUCUCUUGGGAAGUACAAACUAGCACUUAAGGAUUUUGAAUUUGUAACCAAAGUUAGGCCAAAUGAUCAGGAUGCGAAAAUGAAAUUUAACGAAUGUAACAAAAUUGUGAAAAAGAUUGCAUUUGAAAAGGCCAUCUCCGUAGACAAGAAGGAAGUUAACAUUGCUGACUCCAUCAACCUGGACGCCAUGACCAUUGAGGAUGAAUAUGAAGGCCCAGCUCUGGAAAAUGGCAAGGUGACACUUAAAUUUGUCACUGAACUAAUGGAACAUUAUAAGCAGCAGAAAAAACUUCACAAGAAAUAUGCUUAUAAGAUUCUAAUUGACGUCAAGAGCUAUCUACAAAAACAACCAUCCCUCGUAGACAUCAAAGUAGGAGACGACAAGAAAUUCACAGUCUGUGGAGACAUACACGGACAGUACUAUGAUCUAAUGAACAUUUUCGCACUAAACGGGCUUCCAUCUGAAACGAAUCCCUAUCUGUUCAAUGGAGACUUUGUGGAUCGGGGGUCUUUCAGUGUGGAGUGUAUCUUCACCCUGUUCAGCUUCAAGCUGCUAUUCCCUGACCACUUUUACAUGUCUAGAGGAAACCACGAGACCUUGGACAUGAACCGCAUGUACGGGUUCCGAGGCGAAGUGACCUCCAAGUACACCUCCCAGAUGGCGGACCUCUUCACCGAGGUGUACAACUGGCUGCCGUUAGCGCAUUGCAUCAAUAGCAGGGUUCUGGUGAUGCACGGAGGGUUGUUCUCGAAGGACGAUAUUACGUUGGAUGAUAUCAGGAGGGUGGACAGGAAUAAGCAGCCGCCGGAAGAUGGCAUAAUGUGCGAGCUGCUGUGGUCGGACCCGCAGCCGAUGCUGGGCCGCGCGCCGUCCAAGCGCGGCGUGGGCUGCCAGUUCGGGCCCGACGUGACGGCCGGCUUCCUGCAGCGGAACGGGCUGCAGUACAUCAUCCGCAGCCACGAGGUCAAGAACGAUGGCUACGAACUCGCGCAUGACGGGAAGUGCAUCACUGUCUUCUCCGCGCCUAACUACUGUGAUACAAUGGGUAACCUGGGUGCUUUCAUCACAAUGAACGGCAAAGACCUUAAGCCAAACUUCACCACCUACGAGGCAGUGCCUCACCCCGACGUCAAACCAAUGGCGUACGCCAACUCGUUCCUGAGUAUGCUCUGCCAAUGAUGGAACACGCUGGUUAGCCUCCACACACCGCCAACGCUGACUUACGAUAUUCAAACAGUAACAUCUUUCUUCUUAAGUGUUUUCUGAGCACUGCCAUCUGCUAACGAAAUUUUAAUUAUUGAAUUAAAGGAUAAUUAGAGGACAUUCUUGAGCGAGAGCCCAAGUUACUCGCUUCGUGGCGUGUAAACAUACGUGGUGACGCGGUGAAAAUGUUGAGCAAGCUUAGUUGGUUAGUGUUUAAACCGGUGCUCUGAAAAGUCCACGUGGCGAUGAUUUUUUAAAAUUUUUGCUCUAGUUUAUUAGGGUUCAUUUCAGACAAAGAUUACGAUAUAUUUCUUGUACGGUCUUCUAAUGACCAGAAAUGAGACGAGAAAGACGCAACUAUCCAGUGAAAUGGGAUAGUAAAGAUUCAUGUACCGGCAAUUUAAAUGUAACUCAGUUAAAUAGAACACGUUCGGGUUAAGGUAACUCGGAUUUUAACUGUCACGAAUUCACUGUGAUGGUAACAGAGGACCUACCGCUUACGACGUUCGACGUGUUGCCUCUCUGUUGGACUUGUAAAUUCGUACGUAAGUGUGACAGGGAGGCAACACGUUCGCGGUAGGCCCUCAGAUCGGUUACGGAGAAAUACACCUACCCCCUUUAUUCGUAAUAAAUUACAAGCCUCAAUUUUUUCUUAAAAAAUACAUAGUCAAAGUGAUAGAUUAAGAGAAGCGAUUAAUAGCUAAUUGAGACUUGUAGCACGUUUAUGAAUAAUGCCACUAAUACUUUACUUGAAAAUGCUGUAGACCGCCUAUUAGGCCGCGACUGGACGCACGCGGCGCGACGAGCGGGGCGACGCUGUCCUCCAAAACAGGUUCAUUCAAGCCUAUAGGGACCGUGCGCGUUGGAGGGUCUGCAAUCUUGUAGCCUGAAUCGAAACCAUAAACAUGUACAUUUACACGUCACGUGUUUUCUUGUGCAUAGUAGGUUCUGCCAUCUUGUGGGCUACAUCUGAACAAUAAACAUCACAUUUACGCCUCGCGCCAAAAAUCUGACGGCUCCUGUGCUGCCUCCUACAGUUCAUGCACGCUCCCUAUACAUUUUGAUCGUGCCACUCGGAACCUGUUUUGGACGACAGUGGCGACCCGCUCGCCGCGCUGCGCGUCGAGUGCGUCCAGUUUGAGCUUAGCGCGAGUUUGAGUCUUGAGAACUCGUUGCUUAAUACUUUCGACUGCUAGAAACAGCUUUUCUAAGCAGUGGAAGUGUUAUUAGUGCCACAAACUUCUGUCUCGAUGUAAAGCACUCAUGGAUACAAUAAAUAUGCUUUAAUAGAACUGGGCUUAAAAUAACGCUCAACUGAAUUGGUUAACGCCAUCUAGUGGGAUAUGUUACAUGUUACAUUAAAGUUUUUUAAUGUAGUAAAAUCGUUCUUAUUAAGUUAAUUUUCCAAAUUGCAAAUUAUGAAAACGAAAUUCAAAGUAGUUUUGUCUCCAUAUUUAUUUUUUAUGUUGGACGGCGUUAACGGUUUUAACAAAAGUUAUACUAACAACACAAAUUGUCAAUUCACAUGAGAUAACACAAAAUUUUUGGCGAGGUGCAUAAACAUAGGUACUUAUGUACGAGCCUUGUGAAGAUAUUUUUCUAAAUUAGACAUUAUUGAGCGCAUGUUGUGCCUUCAAUGGAAUCGUGGGAAUAAAUCGGAGUGGUGCUAGUUUCAUUAUUUAUAAAACAAUUAAUUAAUUAUGUUUUUAACCUUUUUAACGCCAAUAAUUUUAAUACUAAUAAGCUGGAAAAAUUAAUGCAAUUAAAAUUAUCCCUUAAAAUAGAACGUGUCGAGACUGCCGAGGUGCCGUCAAAGGUGGUGGUAGGUCUUACCCUAUAUCUACAAAGAAAUUCUAAAUAAAAAAACGGAAUUGGGUGUAAAACAGUUUUCAUUGAUGGCACAAACUUACUGAGGAAAACGGAUAUCUGUAUUUCAUGGUUGUAUCAUCGUGAUUCUUUAAUAUUAGUAAUUUGGGCUGUACCAAUAGCAUAAACUCAAUCGACAAAAUAUUGUUACAUUCAUAAUAUCACAGGAAAUAUAUUAUUAUUCAUUGGCACAUACAUUUUCAGAUAUACAUUUUCCCCAAUGCAUUAAAUCGAUUUCAAAGCAAUAGUGUGUAUUGCAUUAUUUUUAAUAACUUGUAAGGCGUAUUUUAUUAAUGUUUAUUUGAUAUGAGAUAAUGUUCUCAUUGGCCAUCUUAUUAUUUUACUAAUGUUCUUAAUUUGUAAAUAUAAUAUGAAUUAUAUUUUUAUUUUAAAGACUCAACGUGUUCUAGAUUUCUUUAUGUCCUUUGACGAAAAAAUAAAAUAAAGAACCUGUGCUUUUUAUUGUAACAGUAAUAAUAGUUUGUUUAACAGCAUUAUAGAGUAAAACACCCAUUGAUUGGGACCCAAAUACCAGUUAUUGGCAGUAAGUUUUUGUAAGAAAGUCACUACUAUAAUCCUUUGAAAAUGUUAAAAGUGCCAAUAAUUGGGCGGGUGACAACAAUAGGCGAAUUUACCUAACACGUACAUAUAUUCUUCAAUUACAUGUUACAAUUGUAAUACUACCCUAAUGUUACCAGCAUAACAAGUAUUAUGACAACUAAUUUUUUUCCUGUUGUGAAUUCAACGAAGGUCAUGUUUAGUUUAUUUUGCUUGGAGCAAUAUAAACAGUAUCUAGGUAUCAUAUUAACUAUCUAUAUACAGAAUCCUACUUGCCGCUGUUGUAUUUGCCCAACCUGUGCAUUUGCAUCAAAAUAUAAAUAUAACGCCGUAGCAUUUUGCGUUCUAUUUGCCGACAUAUUCGUGUUAUUCAUCUUUUCUUAUCGCGGCAAAGGUAACAUAUAUUUACGCAAAUGUCACAUCGGAGUGUGUUGCAGUCAUUUUAUAUUUGUUCUUAAGAAAGACGUAAAUACAGCAUUUAUUUUACUAUUUUCAUAUUUAUACUGUUUGAAUGACUUUUUUACAUUUUCAAAGACAUUUUUGGACUUACUGAAUUCGUGAUAUUUAGCAUUUUGAAGUGUUACGCCAACCAAUGCAUUUCUUCAUACAUUCACUCAUAACGAACAAAAUAGUGUAACCCAAUGCAAUAAUGGUUAAAAGACCAAUAAGUUAAGCUAUUACUUAAGUAUAGUGACAAGAAGUUUAAAUUAAGGAAGCUUGUGAAUCCACUGCAUUUCCCUAAUUAUUAUUUUUUUCAGAUUCCUAACAUUGUUUAUCGACUUGAACCUCCGUCCUUCUCGCACUUAUGGAAUAUGCGCUUGUUAUAGUCGGAUGUUUCGUCGAUGAACGCUAAUGUUAGAGGACAAUUUGACAAGUAGAUAGUUUGUUUCGUUCGAAGAACGAUAAAGCCCUUUCGGUGCAGGGGGGCUUAGAUCCAACCAAGAUUACAAUCGUAAUGUGUAUAAAUAAAUAGUUAAGUACGUGACUUUUCAUAGCAUCUGUCAUCCAGACACAUUUUUUUUUCGUUUGUCUCUUGUCGAUGUACAGUCACGUCUGAAAAUAUCGAUACGAAAAAAGUGCCAAAAAUAAGUAUACACUACCUUAAUAUAUGGGCUACCUAAUACUUUUUUCAUAUCGAUAUUUUCAGACAUGUGAUCCUACAUCGAGUACGAUUGCCAUCUAUGCUGGGCCCCCCGGAAUGAGUAUUUGCACUGUGGAUUACUUUUUGACCUUAUGAUUACAACAGUAGCGCAACGUCGACAUAGUUUGUCAAAUAAAAACUUUCGCUUUCGUGGAAGCUGGCAAAGUGUUAAAAAAAGAUCACGAUGCGAGCAACGGCUAAAGUUCAUUUUUUGUAAAUCUAUAAGUUACAAUUUUACAAGUACUACAAGUAGUAAACUGACAACACUUGCCGAAAGGCCUCUCGACAUUGGUUAAGGGCGUGUCAUUUGCAUCAAUGUUGCCGGUUUAUUAAUAUUGUAGCUUCUAGAGUAUUAUGAACCAAUACUGGUUCAUCUGUCGGUCGAUUUUGCGAGAAAGUAUUGGACUGCGCUACUGUGACUGCUCUGUAAUGUUAUUUUUUGUUGUCGUAGGUACCUUAUGAAUUUUAUUAGAAAUAUUUGUUUCGGUGAUUGACGAUAAAUGAUAAUCUUAUGUAUACAUUAUACGGGUUUUAAUACUCUUUGACAGAAGAGGAAACUAAAAAUGUAUUUAUCUAGUUUUAUAUGUACGUAACAAAAGCCCUUUUUUAUUUUCCCCGGUACCACGAAAAUCGGAGUUGAUUGUCAAUAAAAUUCGUGUAUUCUAACAAUAAUGUCCUUUACCUUAGUAGUUUACUUGUACUUGUGGUAUUAAUCCUUUGAAUGCUUGUAUGUCAUAAACACAAACAUCACUCAAAUGCCAAUGUCCCGGGCGCGAGGGAGCUAAUGUAAACCUUACACGAAAGUGAAGGUUACUUUGACAGCGUCCGCCAUGACGACUUUAGGUGUUCUUGGCGUUCAAAAGGUUAAAGGUGGUAUUUUUUUUCUAAUUAAUUUUGCCCACUUUAAAUGAACAAAUAGCGACGGGGAUAAGCAAUAUAUAGCCAAUUUUAUUAGCUCAAAUAUUGUUUGCAAUCACCAAAACAAAGACUUGCAGUACAUAGGAAUUUCUGAGGUAGUUAAAUUAUGUUUAUCCUAAUUAACAUAUAUUAUUUUAUUAUGGCGACGUAGAGGCGGAUGGACGUUCAUUAUUUUUGUCAUAAAUUGAGUUGCCGAGCAUAUCAGACGAUGUAGAUAGGGUUUGGUGUUGAUUUUAAUCAAUAAAUUGUUAAAUUUGUA